UCAGGACUGAUGCUGGACUGUGUGUGUAUGUCCUCAGGCGAUGAGCAUCCUGCUCCUCCCUCACAACAUCCCUGACAGCCUGAAGCACCUCUCCACCCUGGUGGACGACAUGUGGUACUACGCCGGAGACCGAUCCACAGACAUGAACUGGUACACCAAACGUGCGGCACUGACGGGCAUCUACAACACCACCGAGCUGGUGAUGCUGCAGGACUCCUCUCCUGACUUCCAGGACACCUGGGACUUCCUUGACAACCGCAUUCAGGAUGUGGUCAACAUGGCAACCACCGCCAAACAGGUGCAGGCGACUGGUGAAACAGUGGUGCAGGGGCUCAUGGGAGCUGCUGUUACCAUGAAGAACCUCACAGGACUGAACCAGAGGCGAUGAUAUGAAAACAUCUCUCACUCACACGACCUGCUGGGCUCUCAUCACAAGCUUAAGAUCAACUCUCUUUUUGCUCUUAUAUCUGAAUAACUGUAAAGUCUGAAAGUAUUGAAUUAUGGUUUAAAUUUGUCACAGGCUGUAUAGAACGGCCUAUUGCUGUUUUACUGCAAGACCCUGGCUUGCCUUGUUUUGCCCUGUCCAAUAUUACCCUCCUGCUCAGAUUAUGUUUUCCCUUUGGACACAAUGAUCUGUCAUUUUUUUGGAUGGAGACUUCAAUAAAGCAGUUCUAUAUUGUAUAUUUAUUUAA